AUGGCCGCCCUCGCCAACGCCGCUGUGCUCUCGUCCACCUUCGUCGGCCAGAGCGCUGAGCUCGCCGCCAAGGUGAACAAUGUCGAUGCCCGUGUGACGAUGAGGAAGACCGCCAAGGCGGCCUCCAGCAGCGCCUUCUACGGCCCCGACCGCAACCUGUUCCUGGGCCCGUUCUCCUCCCCCCCGUCUUACCUCACCGGCGAGUACCCCGGUGACUACGGCUGGGACACCGCGGGUCUGUCCGCUGACCCCGAGACCUUCGCCAAGAACCGCGAGCUGGAGGUGAUCCACGCCCGCUGGGCUCUGCUCGGUGCCCUCGGCUGCCUCACCCCAGAGCUCCUCGCCGGCAACGGCGUGAACUUCGGCGAGGCUGUGUGGUUCAAGGCCGGUGCCCAGAUCUUCUCCGAGGGCGGCCUUGACUACCUCGGCAACCCCAGCCUGAUCCACGCGCAGUCCAUCCUGGCCAUCUGGGCCACCCAGGUCAUCCUCAUGGGUGCCGUCGAGAGCUACCGCGUGGGUGGCCUCGAGGGCUUCCAAGAGGUUGAGGACCCCCUGUACCCCGGCGGUGCCUUCGACCCCCUGGGUCUGGCUGACGACCCCGAUGCCCUUGCUGAGCUGAAGGUGAAGGAGCUCAAGAACGGCCGCCUCGCCAUGGUGUCGAUGUUCGGCUUCUUCGUCCAGGCCAUCGUCACUGGCAAGGGCCCCCUGGAGAACCUCUCCAGUGCGCCACGCAGUGAGGUGGCGAUAGCAUCAGCGCUGGAGGUGUUUCAGAGCCGAGUGGACCUCUUUCAAGCCGCCUGCGACCGGGCUCAGCAGCAAGUGGACACAGCAAGGCACCGGCUGCUGUCAGAAAGCCUGGUGGACGAAGCAAGAGGCGCAGCAAUUGACACGUCUGCCGUGGGUGCAGCCGGAGGAGAGGGGGAGGCGCAGAUGGUGCUGGGAGCAACUCGGUUGGAGCAGAUCAGCAAGGCAGUGAGAGCCAUGGUGCAGGACCUGCAGCACGGGCAUGCAGACAAACACUGA